AUGGCGACCACACUUUCCGGCUACAGCAAGAAUAGCAGGAAGGACACUCCAAGUACUCGCGAAUUAGAAGCUGCGGGCCACCGCGUUCUUCUUAUUGGCGAGACAAGCCCUGGAGUCAGGCGCAUCGAGAUGAUCUCGUCAGAGAUCACCAACCUGGAUCGCGUCUUUCUCUUCAUUGGAGUUUUCAUCCUCGCAUUCGCCUACUCCUUGGAUGGAUCUCUCCGCGUCAUCACUUAUCAGCCGGAAGCGACCGCCGCCUUUGGUGAACACUCUUAUUUGGCUGCCAUCAACACGGUUGUAGCCGUCGUUGGUGCUGCCGCUCAGCCUGCGUGUGCAAAAGUCUCUGACAUCAUUGGUCGCCUUGAGCUCGUCCUAGUUUCAGUUGUUCUCUAUGUCCUCGGUACGAUCAUUCAGGGUACGGCACACUGUGUCCAAGUGUACGGCAUCGGCGCAAUCCUGUACAACCUGGGAUACAUUGCCAUCGUACUGCUCGUUGAAGUCAUCGUUGCAGACGUUACUUCACUUCGAUCACGUGUUUUCUUCGCCUACGUCCCUGCUCUACCGUUCCUACUCAAUGCGUUUCUGAGCGGAAAUGUUGCCAUGGCGGUCUUGGACGUUACGACCUGGCGAUGGGGAAUCGGCAUGUGGGCCAUCGUCUACCCCGUUUGUGCAUUGCCACUCGUUCUAGCUCUAUUCGUCGCCCAACACCGCGCAAAGAAACGAGCUAAUCUGGUGGACCACCCUUCCCCAUUCCAGCUACUCCGUUAUCGUAACCUUAGCUUUGCGCUCUUCUGGCAACUGGAUGUUGCAGGAAUGGUCUUUCUGGUGGCCGCUUUGACGCUUACGCUUACCCCUCUCACCCUUGCUGAAGGCGACUCUAAAAAAUGGGCCAGCACGGCUACAGUCCUCCCUCUUGUCCUCGGCGUGUUGUUCAUUCCAACAUUCGUUUUCUGGGAACGAGUUGCCCCGCAUCCGAUGAUUCCAUUCAAGGGAACUUACUGCGUUAUACAGCUUUUGAGGGACAGCUCUGUUUGGGGAGCGCUCGGCAUCGCCGUAACGUUCAACAUGGCGUUCAAUUGUCAGGCCGAUUUCCUCUACACAGUAUUGCGCGUUAGCUUUGACCAAACAGAUUUGUCCGCCACCCGCAUUGCAAAUCUCUACAGCUUCGCUUCGGUCAUCACUGGGCCCUUUGUUGGUCUCGCGGUCUACAAAGUUCGCCAUCUCAAACCCUUCGUCAUGGCUGGGACCUUCCUCUACUUCGGCGCCUUCAUCCUUCUAAUCGUAUACCGCGGUGGCAAUGAGAACAGGACUGUGAAUGGCGUCAUCGGCGCGCAACUCCUUCUUGGAGUCGCGGGAGGUUUAUUUCCGUAUCCAACAUUGGCGUCGAUCCAAGCUGCGACGAACCAUAAUCACUUGGCCAUCAUUACUGGUCUAUACCUCGCCAUGUACCGGAUCGGCGGUGCGCUUGGUAAUUGCAUCUCUGGUACAAUAUGGACGAACGUCUUGUACAACGCUCUCCAAGGACAUAUCGAGAGUGAAGUAGACGCCCAGUCUGCUUACGCUUCACCCUUGAGUUUCAUCCAUGACCAUAACAUGUCACAUCCGGCCCGCCAGGGCAUGGUCGUAGCAUACAAGAAUAUGCAACGAAUUCUCUGCAUCGUGGGCCUCAUCAUCUGUGUCCCGCUGGUUGGAUUUACCUACGUUCUUAAGAACCCGAGACUCGGCCAGGAGCAGAGCCUUCCAACCGCUGAAGUCGACGAGUCUCACACUAACAUUCCCGAGAACAAUGGCCUUGGACACACUAUCGACGGACAUUCAGCAUACGAGCUUCGUUCACUGCACAGUGAUUCGAACACGCUUCGCAGCCACUCUAACAUUGGGCACAGCCAAUCUGACAUAGUGCGAAGCGAGGAUGAUACCCGCCCAAUUUCUAGAAGCACGAAAUACGGCUAUGCGUAAACAGCACGCUGUAUCUCACUUCAAGGUACGUGGUUUUACAUCACAUUUUCCCAACUUGCCAGUUUGCCUACCCGCCUUCCCCUGUCUUUGUGCUGUCACUUUUCGAGAGACGGAUGGUGGAAUACGAAAUGGUGGAUCUUUUCAGAGGUGCUGGAUUUUAAGGUUAGGGAACAAG